UUCCAGCGGAACUGAGCGCCGCCGCCCUGAGCUCCGCGGUCCGGCUCAGUGCUGGUGUAUCUGCCAUCAGCCUCGCCGUCACAACAUCUCUUAAUGUCCAAAUAAAGGAGUCUCAGACGGAUAAUGGCAUCACCAAAACUCCAUCCCGUGUUCAUUCUUUUGUCCCUCGGGAUCGAGCUGGCUCUGUCUCAGGUUCCCCCACUGACAAACCUAACCCUUCGAUGCCACAGCCUGGAGAACGUUCUGCAGUGGAACUAUGACCAGAACAUUUCCAACGUCAGGUUUCGCAUAAACGUUAACACCGAUGUCGGAGGAGAGGGUUGCAAGCAGAUACUUUGGGCCGAAUCAAAUGAGCGGGAGAAAGACAUUUCGAUCUUUUCGGACCCAAGUGUGGUGUUUUUUCUCUCGGUGGUAGCAGUCGUUGCUCAGAAUGGGUCCGUGUUUGAGUCCGAGGCAGCUGAAUUGGAGUAUUCCUACUACCAGGACUCCCCGGAAGGACAGAUAUGUGAUUUGUACCUCCCGUCCAUUAACGUCACGUCCCACCCCAACGACACGGUCACAGUGGAGUUCACGCAUCCCUGGCUGCACUUCGGCCCAAAACUGCGGACGUGUAAAGACAUGAAAAAAAGAAUAAAGCCUCAGAAGAAUCUCCGGCUGUUUAGGUACCACAUCACUGCUGAACAGGGGCAAAAGACUUCUGAGAUCUCCUCUGAUUGUGAGGAGAGAGUGUGCAGGAAGAGCCUGCCUGUGCACGCUGCACAGGAGCCGCCCUGUCUGAACCUCAAUGGAGAGAUGGAGAAAAUGAAGGUCAAACUGGCACAAAAGCAGUGCGUCCGUCCAGAGAGAGAGACACAUUCCCACACUCCCAUCUACGUGGUCGUCAUCGUUUCAGUCUUGGGGGUACUCGGCUUUAUUCUGGUCAUGGCUUACUUAAAAAAAACCAGACCUUCAAGCUCUUUUCCCUCUUCUAUGAUUGUCCACAAAUCACAAAAGAAGCAGACGAUGGAGGCAGCCCCCAGUGCGCUGGACAGAGUGGUCCAGGUGGAGCCGUCCUCGCCCACCCCUCUGCUGACCAACACGGAGGAAGUGGAGGACAGGUUAGAGUUCACGCCUGCGGUGCCCGAGUCGGGAUAUGAUCAACGAGGGACCUUGGCGUCCGGGGAGGAAGCUGUGACUGAGAACGGGGAGGUGGUAAACCCCAACCAGGAAAGGUCUCCGUACAUGGGCGGCAGUAACCUGGACGAUGACGACGAGGCCGCGUUCAGUCAGGAUCAAGGCUCUGGUUACGAGAGCCGAGCAUUUUUGGGUUCCUGAAGACGUAAUGUUUCACUUUUUUCUUUUUUUGUCCCCUCAUCAGAGAACAGAAUCAGGAUCUCGUCUGUUUAUAUUAUUUGGUCAGCUUCAGUGAAAAGGUUCAGUUUUACUGGUCUCGGAGCUGUCAGGUGACAGAUGGGUCCUGCACGUUACAGGUUGCGUAUGUUUUAACGUUUUGGAGCUCUCUUUUAAAAGGAGGGACGCACAGGUUUCAAUUUACUCAGCAGAUUCUGAUUUCUGUAAAAUCCUGACCACCUAUUCCCAUAUUUUCUCUAAUUGGUUGCAUACCUAAAGGUUUAAGUUUCUGUUAAAUUAAGCAUUAAGUAGUGUAUUGGUAAUCAAACACUAAGUAUACAUAUUAACAACCUCUACAUUUUUGCAUUAAGUUUCACAGGAUAUCCUGUAAAGAAACAGUCCUCCGCGUUGACCAAUUAAAACCCAACAGAGAGUAGUUACAGCAUCUUCCCUCUUACGCGCAUCAUUUUAAACAUUAAGGUUCGGUGAACUGCGUGAAAGAAAGAAAUGCACCUAUUUGGAUAAAGUACCACAGUGCCCAGUGACGUCAAUGGCUUCAGUCACUGAAACAUGUAACAUCCCUUUGAGGAUUGAUCAAGUGUUAUGGAAUUGUUAUUGAUUUUUGAACACAUUACAGAUGUUACAAAUUUCUAGCUUUUUCACAUUAUGCAACCCUGAAAACAUGACACAUGGCUGCAGUUUGA